GCCUACAGUUGCGUAAAACCCGGUGUAACAUGCCCGUCUACAAACGCUAUUGAUUGAAUUCUACAUAAACUACAGUGCCUGACCUGAUUAUUGCACGUGUGUGCGAACAGUUGUUAUAACUGUGUAUAACGGGGGCAUUGACUGGGAUUGAGGAUAAGUAUCCGAAAAGAAAUGGUGUUAAAGGUGUCAGUAAGUGUUGUAUGGACAUUAAAGCUGCAUUGAAAGGAAGAAAAUAGUAAUUGUGCAGAAUAAACAGGAUGAUUAGAAGCAAUGAUUCUCUUGACAUUAAUUCUGGAUUUAAUGGAGAUGUCAUUGAUUCAAAAGACGUGCCAUGGUGGACGUCUUGUCGUUUGCGUCUUGCUAUUCUGGGAUUUUUUGGAUUUGUCAAUCUUUACGCUCUCCGUGUUAACCUCAGUGUGGCCAUUGUGUGCAUGGUCAACGGCACAGCUGUCCACUUGAAGUCCGAGACUCCGCCAGUUGAAACAAACUCUUCAGUUUCAUGGAAUCAGCAUUUCGAUAGCAGUUGCGGACGCAUUUCUUCAGACAAUGAUACAUCGGUGACGAGAAAAUUUCAGGAUGGUAACAUAGUGUGGGAGAAGACAACACAGGGCCUAAUACUAGGUUCCUUUUUCUGGGGUUACCUGGCAACGCAAAUUCCAGGAGGCUGGGUUGCUGCUAAGUUUGGUGGAAAGAGGGUGUUGGGCCUUGGAAUGGCGAUCUGCUCUCUAUGUACAUUCGUGACUCCCAUUGCCGCCCAGACCAACUACAUAUUUCUGUUGGUCGUCAGAGUUUUAAUGGGCAUUGCAUCGGGCGCAGUUUUUCCCGCCAUGCACACAAUGUGGGGUAAAUGGGCCCCUCCAUUGGAACGAAGCAAGCUGACUGCAUUUACAUACGCAGGAUCUCAGGCAGGAAUCGUAUUAACUUUCCCAAUCUCGUCUCUGUUGUGUAAAUACGGAUUCGCCGGAGGGUGGCCUUCCAUAUUCUACACCCUGGGUCUGGUGAGUAUAAUUUGGGUGGUACUGUGGAUGUUGUUAACCAGUGAUUCACCAGAACAGCACAAAGGGAUAUCUACUAUAGAAAAACAGUACAUUCUACAGUCUCUUAGAAAGACCACCCGUCAAGGGAAUACCAUGGAUCUUAAUGUUCCUUGGAGAAGCAUAUUCACAUCAAUGCCAGUGUAUGCAAUUGUUUUAUCCAACUUUGCUAGUGAUUGGGGAGGAUACACAUUUCUUACUAACAUUCCUAGCUACAUGAAAGAGGUUCUCAAACUGGACAUAACAUCGAAUGGAUUCUAUUCUGCAUUGCCCUAUAUUGGUUUCUGGUGUGUAGUAAAUGGUGCUGGGGUGCUUGCGGACUUCACACAAAAAUAUCUUACCACGACGAUGACUAGAAAGAUCUUUGAAUUCUCAGGUAAAGUUAUGCCAGCCUUGUUACUAAUAGGCCUUGGGUACUUAGAUUGUACAAUGAAGAGCCUGGCCAUUGCACUGCUGACUUUAGGGGUCAGUUUUUCUGCAUUCCAGUACAGCGGCUUCCUUAUCAAUCACAUGGACAUUGCUCCAGCUUAUGCAGGGAUAUUGUUUGGAAUUUCUAAUUCUUGUGGAGCCAUUUCUGGUUUUAUAUCACCUGCUGCUGUGGGACUUAUCACAGAAAAGCAUCAGAGUCGAUCCGAGUGGCAAAAAGUGUUCUUUAUAGCGGCAGCGGUAUACCUUUUCAGUGCUUUCUUCUACUUGAUAUUUGGCAAGGGGGAGCCGCAGAACUGGGCCGUGGAAGAUACGACGUUAGAAAUGGAAGAACUGAACACUAAGAUAGAGAAGCGGGAUAAUUAUGAAGAGUGACAUUUUUUUCGUAGAGGGUGUGUUUCUAUUCACUGGAAGAGGCCGAAGGAAGCAUCGCGUCGCCACCGCAAGGGACCCAUGCACGUGGGCACCGCCUGUCCUAGCCGCUUAGGAAUCUUAAGUCGUCUGUAUGUGAUUGUUGAAGGCCUACAUGUGACAUGAUCACAAAGGUCCGAAUCUCUGCAUCUUCUCCAGGUACUUCGGACACGUACGAAAACAUAUGGAGAUCGACGUUUGGACAAGGCUGCAUCGAGUCUCUGGAAUUUUCUGCCUUUUAAACUCAGACAAUGUACUUCAUUGUCUAAUUUUAAAGUGGACCUCAAAACGCAUCUCUUUAGAUUAGCUUUUAAUUUGUGAUUAUUUUUAUAUACUUAGUGCUCUUACAUACAGCUCUUACAGUGCUGUUAACAAAACAAAAAACAAAAAACAUGCUGUUUGUUAUUAUACCUAUGUCCUUUUUAUGUAUUUAAUUAUUCCUAAGUGUUGUUUUAAAUUGUUUCAUAUGUUAUUAGGGUAAUCAUACCAUUACAUUGGCGCUAUAUAUUAAUAAUAAUAUUUAUGCAUUUUAAUUCUGACACUAUGAAUAUUUUAUUCACAUGUAUGUGCACAUCGAUUUUAUAUUAUCUUUUCUUUCAUAUUUGUAAAGCGCUUUAGAGAAGUAAUGUUGAUAGGGCGCUAUAUAAUUUUUUUAAUUACAA